AUGAAUUUAUUUAAGAAGGAACAAAAUGCAAGUUCUAUAUCCCACAUUUUAAUGAAUAAACAUAAAACAAAAUUUUCUGAACCAAUAAUAUCGAUAAGGCAAUUAGAAGAAAAAGAUAUCGAUGAAGUGAGGCAAUUAUUAUAUGACCAUUUUAACUCCUUAACAUUACCAGCAGUUAUAUAUUGGUCUAUACAACAUAUUUAUGAUUUAUUAGUAAUUAUUAUUAUAAAUUAUAUUUUUUUCCUGGAUUUGAAAAAAAUAUUUUAUUUUCUUAUAAUAUUUUUAAUAUAUUUAUAUAUAAGAGCAAAAUUUGAAUUUUUAAAUCAUAUAAGAAAAGAUUGUCCCGAUUUAGAAAAUCUAUAUACAAGCUAUAUUGGAGUAGAAGGAUGUAAUUUUUGGGUAGCGGAAGUAUUUGAUAAUAAUUUUGGCUCGGCAAGUAGAACAACAUGUAGUGAUAUUCAUGAAAGAGAAAAAAUUAUAUUAGAACAAGAGGAACAAGAAAGAUUAUUAGCUAAUGAAAGAAAUAAUCAUGAAAUAAAAAAUUCUAUUGAAGAUAAUGAAAAUGAAAAAGAUGAUUCAUAUGAUAAAAAAAAUACAUCAGAAUGUAUUACCGGUUUUUGUGGGUUAAAUGAUACACCAAAUAAUAGUAAUAAUACAAAUAAUAAAAAUUUACAAAAAGAAAAUAAUUCAAAUUCUUCUGAAAUAGAUAAUAAAAUAAAUUCACAAAAUGAAAAUAUAAAUUCUGACGAUGAUAAUAAAAAAUCAAAAAAUAUGAACACGUCAGCUCUUUGUGAAAAAUUGCCCACUAAUAAUUACAAAGAUAUUUAUUAUAAUAACACAAAUAGUCUAUCAUCUAUUCAAAAUGAUGUAAAAAAUAAUGAUAAAAAUGUAAAAAAUUCUAAUUCUACUACUGCUAAUAAAGAAGAUAAAGAUACAUCCAAUUCGAUAGAAAAAAAAAAUGAUGAAAAUUCUGAACAUGUUCAUAAUAAUAGUAUCACUACCAAAAGUGAUAAUGAAAAUAGUACCAAUUUUAAAAAUAAUUUAGAUGAACAAAAUGAUGAAAAAUCAAAAUUAAUAUAUGAAGCAAGUGAUAUAUCAAAUAGAAAAUAUAUUGAGAAUAAAAAAGCAAUACCUUUUAGAUUCAAUGAUUUUCGAGGAACUAUAUUUGAUAGUAAAUUAAAUGAUGAUGAAGAUAUUAAUUAUAAAUUUAUAAAUAGAAAAAUAAUUGGAUGUGUAGGUAUAAUACCAUAUAAAGGAGAUAAUUCUAUUGCUCAAUUAGUUCGUAUGGUAGUAAAAAAAGAUAACAGAAGAAUGAGAAUAGGUAGUAGAUUACUAACACAAUUAGAAAAUUUUGCACAUGAACAUAAUUAUCAAGAAUUAAAAGUAUUUACUAAUAAUUUAAAUACAGAUAGUUUAUAUUUUGUUAAACAAAAUGGAUUUGAUUUAUCGCAAAUUGUUAGAAGAGGGUUAAUGAGAGGUGAUUUAUUAAUAUGGUCGAAAAUUUUAAACAAAGAUGAUUUUUACAAAUUUCAUGGUUCAGAUAUAAAGAAUUAUACUAGUAAUAUAUUGGACUAA